UCGCUCCCCGCUCAGUAGUGGUUGGCGUGAAGCGUGAAGCGGGUGUAGGUGCGUACAGUGUGCUGCAGUGCCGUGUCGCUCCGUCUCCGCCAAGCAGCGCCGCGUCGACGAGGCGCGCCGCGCACCCCGAGCAACAAGUGUGCAACAAGUUGCUGCCGCCUGCAACGCCUGCAACGCCUGCACCGCGACGCCCUCUGGAUUACACUUACACCGCUGGGAUUUCACCUCGACGCCAGUGGAUUGUGCGCCGCCGACUGUGUGUGUGUGUGUCUGUGAAGUGAGCGCGUCAGUGUGCGUGUUUGAGUGAUCAAAGUGACCCAUGGAUACGUCGCCCGCACUCAGCUGUGUCGCUGCCGCUACGAGCUGACGGAGUUUGGAGAAUGCCCUUGAUCCGGCGUGGACACUGAUUCAGCAUCUCAAGAGAAAUCAUUUCAUCCGACAAGCUGUGUUUAAAAUCUUCAAACAUGUCUCAACGAUUUUGUUUGCGGUGGAAUAACCACCAGUCGAACAUGCUCUCUGUGUUCGAUCAGCUGCUGCAUGACGAGUCCUUUGUUGAUGUGACUUUGGCAGUUGAUGGACAGUUGCUGCGUGCGCACAAAAUGGUGCUCUCCGCAUGCAGCCCACUAUUUCAAGCACUGUUCAUCGGACAUCCUGACAAGCAUCCCAUAGUGAUCCUCAAAGAUGUGCCUUAUAAUGACAUGCGGUGUUUGCUAGACUUUAUGUACCGUGGUGAAGUGAGUGUGGACCAAGAUAGACUAACAGCUUUCCUCAAAGUGGCAGAGUCAUUGAGGAUAAAGGGUCUUACUGAAGUGAAUGAAGAAAAAUGUGAUAUUCCUUCAAUCACCAACAACCUUCUGUCAGCCAUUCCUUGUGCCCAUAGUACCCCAGCUGCUGCUCCCAUUCCUCAUAUUCAACGGAUACCAGGGCCUCAGAAGAGGCCGAUGCCUCCACUAGUUGCAUCAAAUCCGCUGCUUGGCUCCGCCCUAACAGCCCCUAAGCGCAAGAGAGGUCGCCCCCGAAAACUAUCUGGAAGCAGUGAUGACCCCCAUGGACAUGAUGGAAGCUCGCAUGAAAUGGAUGGCGAUAUGGAUAUUGAAUAUGAGAAUCGCAACGCUGGCUCAUCUGAUCACAGCUCACCUCCCCCUCAGGACAUGAUGGAAAUGCGAAUGGACUAUGGACGCCACAACAGCUUAGGCAAACUCAACAAGACCUCAGAAAGGGAUGAUUCCUCUGGUUUGGAGGACAGCUCAAGCCAGUCACCUCAUAAAGAAACCCUGCAAAAAACGGCCACUGUUCGAACUCCCAGCCGGAGAGGGAAGGAGGAUGCAGAACCCACACCUGGUACAUCAUCACAAGAAUCAGGCCAGGCACAGUUCAGAAUAGGCAGCAAUGGAAAUAGUGGAGCAAAUAGUGCGGGCACAGGAUCGGGCAGUACUGGCAGUAGCAGUAAUGCAGCAAGUCCUCAAAAUAAUGGAAAUGGCAUCGGAUUGACAAACUCUGAGAACCUUCCACCUGUUCCAUUACUCAUCCCAAAGACAGAAGCUCUAAGCAGAAGUGUGGAUCAUCCCAACAAUAACAAUAAUACAAAGGAUGGUGGUAAGGACCAGUCUAAUGCCACACCGAAUGCAAAUUCAAGCGUGGAUGGAUCUGACGGCGUUCAAAGUGAUGUUACUACCACUCCUUCAUCAGGACGACAGCCCUCUCGUCGCAGAGCUAGGCGAAGAGCUGCUUCUUCCAGUCAAGACCCUGCUGAAGCAUUGACAGAAAUGAGUGUAAGAGGAUUAAAUUUGUUUAGAUAUGCCUCUGUCACAGAAGGUGUCUACAAAUGCAUGGAAUGUGCCAAGGUAGAUGUGAUAAAAACAUUCAAGAAUAAGUAUAGUUUCCAGCGUCAUGCAUUCCUUUACCAUGAGGGUCACCAGCGGAAAGUAUUCCCUUGUCCAGUGUGUGCUAAGGAGUUCUCCCGUCCAGAUAAAAUGAAGAACCAUAUGAAGACAGUUCAUGAUUGCUUCAUGCCCAAAGAUUGUGUAUUCCCUGUCAAUUUUUACAUGCCUGAGGGCAGUGCCAAUUUCCAAUGAGAAAGUAACUAUUUGCUUACUUUGAUAGCUGAACAAUGAUAUGCUUUCAAGUAGCUUUUAAUGUGAGUGUUGCAUCUUUCAAGGUAGAAUAUGUUAACUCUUUAAGAGACUUAACAUAUAGGUGCAAUUUAAUCCGUACUUUCUACUAGCACUAUGUUUACCCUGCAUUGUGAUAAUGAUGAAUUCUGUCUGGAAAUCCUCUAGGUGGACAAUUGACUUAGGUUUAAUGUAUGUUACUUGCAAUAAUGCUCUUUGUAAAGAAAUUUAUUAGAUAUAAUGAAAUUUAAUUAUUCUUUCUUAUUAUUCAUGAUACUUGGACCAUUGUUCUUCUAUGGUUUGAAGUUGAUUGUAACUUUGAUCCAGUGUUAUUGCCAAUUACAAAGAGAUAUUUUAAUAUCAGUGUUACUUUUGCUAAAGUUUAUCCAUGUACCUGUGAAAAAUUGCAACCAGUGACUUUUGACAAUAAGUUGUUGACUAAAAGAAUUCAGAUCUAUGUGACAUGCCUGUUGAAAAUACUUUUCUUGGAAGUGAUGUCAAUUUUGAUGUGUCUUUCUAAGAAAUACUCCCUGUUCUUUGGUCCACCAUGUGCCUUGAAUAUCAAGCUGUAAAGCAGUGCUAUUACUGGUGCCUUGUGUCAAGUUGUUAGAUUUAUUUUGUGCUCAUCUUUAUAAUUAGGUGCAGUGAUUUAUCUGAUGAGUAGGUGCUAUGUGACUGAAUAAGAUAUAAAGCAGCAUAUUGAUGUUGAGACUUUUUCUUAUUUUAUGGCAAAGAUGUUAUUAAAUUCCAUUUAUAUUAGUAGUGCAGUAGUUGUCAUUUUGGUUUUCAGCACAUGCAACAUUGUGAUUUCUUCUCCCCUCUUUUUUCAUUGAUUGUGCUGAACUCCAGAUUGCCACCUAUUUGCAUAGAAUUGACUAUAUUCAUUCCUGAAUUUGUACAGAGUAUAUGUUGUAAGCUGAAAAGCUAUAUACAUGGAGUCCAGUGGUGUCAUUGUCAAUGAACAAUCUACCUAAAUGUGAAACAAACAUGUUGCUGUUUCUUCUCCAUACUGCCCAACUAAGUUGCUCUUCAAUAUCUGGCAAUCAAUUAUGGCACUGUCCGUGUGGAGGACUCUGGAUUGCUCUAGCCCCACUUCCCCUGUCCAUGCCACUUGUGACUUGUAUUUCGAAUGUCUGGAGUUCAGCCUAAAGUGUCCCAUGAUGGUAUUCACAUUGUAAUUGCCAAGAAUGGCUAUAGUGAAGAGUUUUAAGUUUAUUGUACAUAAUAUCCUCUAGAUCAAUGUGGACAACUUUGUUGUGCUUUGUAGAUAUUUAUAUAUAUAAUAUAGAUUUACAUGUGUGUCAUGUGAUGUUGCAAUUUCCACUGUAGACAUCAAUCUUUCAAUUUCCUCGUGAUUCUUGUACCAUCUUAUUGAUUUUUAAAAUUGUUUUGAGUGUGUUGUGUUCUUUAUAAAAAUUGUGCAUAGUAUCAUUAAGUAAGCCAAUUAAGCUUUAAAAUUUGGUGCCUGCAUAACUAUCCUCUAGGGUUUGCGGUACUCGGGCCAUUAAGAUUGUUAAUAGCCCGUUCCUUAUGUAUCCAACUGCUCUUGUAUUCGUUUUAUGUCAAAGCGUAAAAACCAGGUCUUCUAUCCAAACUUAAAUGGAAAUUACUGUAUCACUGAAGGUUCUGAUUUCAAUGGCAUCUGUGAUAUCAAAAGGAAUCAAUGCAUGUUUGUGAUGUUAUGCAACUUUGGGAUACACUUAAUUCCACUUACCGGUAAUCUGUCAUUCGAGGUACAACUUCGAUUUUUGUAAUAAGAAACCCUUUUUACCUAUGCAUGUUGGGUUUGUUUCCUUUUAAAUCAUUUUAAUGACCAGUUGACAAAGCUGAUACUCAGCUCAAAACUGAAGCGAUCAUAUGAAACUAUGCUGUCCUCCUAAGACUUCACAUACUUUUAGUAAAACGAAAUUAAAUUAAGUGGAAUACGGCUUCUUAGUCAAAGUUCAAUAUCAAAUGUUCCUUCUGGCAUUGGGUAAGAGGGAAUAAAAUCAUGUUACUGUAAUUCACCAUCACACUGAUCUACCAGUGAGAAUUCACUAAUUAUAACCAAAUAAGUACAAUAUAGAUGAUAGUAAUAAGUCUAGGUUUAUUUUUAUUUGUUUUCAGAAAUUCCAGAAGACCAGUGAGUGUUUUGCACAUAGAAUGUGCAUGCAAGUGUGUGCUGUAAAUCAUCUCAAAGUGCAGUUGUUACAUUGACGUGCAAUUUUAUUGUUAAAAAAGCAUCAUAAUUUAGCUUAAAUUCCAUACUAACUAAUUUUUGAUAGAUCAUGUAAAAAUUUGUGUUAGCUGUUUGACACACUCAUUAUUUAAUUUGAUAUUUAGUCUUAGUCUUGGGGGAUAUUGGUUUAUCAUAAAUGUAGAUUUGUUUCACAGUCUUUAUGUUAUUUGUUAACGUUUCACACAACUACCCCAGCACAUUUAUCUUUUGUUUUUUGGCAAGUUUAGAGAUUUUUGCUAUGUGCAUAUACUUAACUUAGUUUGUUACCUUAUUGGUAUUGUCAUAUAAAUAAAAUUUGAGAAGAUUUAUUAUC